CGGGUUUUGGCCUUAGUGGGAGAAGCUGCGUGGUGGCACACCGUCCUGGCGAAUGCCCGUGGCCAUUGGACAGUACAGAGUGAACGACCGCAACGUUAACCUGAGUUCAAAUAAUCUUUAUCCUCAUUGUGACUGCGAAUAGAUCAUUCGCCGUUCCUAAAAUAAUUUUAAAAAUUUUAUUGCCAGUUGUAUAUUAUCCCAAUCCUCUGAGAAUCAAUAUUAUUAAUAACAACAAAAUAAGUUAAUAAUAAUUACCCCCAACCGGUCUAAAAAAAAAUGGUGAUGUUGAAGAAUAAAAAUGUGAAAUGUCAAAGUUAAAAAUUUCAAGUUGAAAAAAACAUUAUGUUCUUUUCUUUUGAGGAAAAAAAAAGUGUUUGAAGUAACUGGAAUACAGUUUUGAAAAGUGGGUCAUCCGGUCCAAGAGUAACUAAGGCACAAGAAUAAUUCUCAACACUAGUGAAACGAAAACCCAACUGUUCUUCGUUAACAACAUCGAAUUGAAUUUAAGUUAAAAAAGGACCCAAAAUUGGUCUUAUUUUUAAUUGAAAAAAUGACGACCAAUUGGUCUUGUGUGUUUUUAAAAGAUAAACAAGUGCGUCUGGAUUGACGUUUCGAUGCUCUAGGAUCGAAAGAUGGCGGCAGUAGGAUAGAUUAAUUCCGGAUUAUAGUGCACUUGGGCCGAAUAGGCCCCGAGAAUUCGGUGGUGAUGGGUUUACGAGAACUUGUUGGUGGUAUGGGAGUUGAUGGACUUGUUGCGAGGGUCAUCCUGAUCAUUUUGGUGGCUCGAACAGCAGGUGUGACGGGAAUUCAGAACGAGCCAACGUCCUCGAGGGCUUCCAGAGAGGAUGUGGUACUCAGUGCAAGUUCAUUUGCACCGGAAAAAACGACGUCGUUCGAGCCUUUUCGUGAGGGCGAUAAGGGAUCGAGGGAUUUUGUUAGCACACAACCUGUGAUUCAGUUAGAGAGCUCCAGAAGUCAUGGAGGUGGUGAAAAAUCAACCUUCAAGGUGAGAUUCGAGGGCAGGAGUCAUGAGAGCCCUUUAGAUGCUGAGGUGACUGCUUCCAAACAUGUUGAGCACAUUGAUGAGAAUCACAUCGAGGUUAAACCACCAGAGUAUCAUGAAAGCGUGUCAGCGACAGAGACAAGGCUCUCGGGGGAAGCCCAGGGGGCUCCGCAAGCACGAGAUAUCGUGGCGGAGCCCCACCAACCAGGCAAAUCACUCCCACAGCGACAGGGACGCCAAGAAUCACCGAUGAUUUAUAAUGAUCGCACGCUCCAACCAAGCAUGCAGACAGAAAUACCCACUAAUCGACAAGCAAAUCCAGAUAUCCAGGAUAUUAUAACUGGCAUCGUUAAAUUGCUCAAUGGAAAGGUCAAUGUUGCUGGCAACACCCUAAGACAUAAACCCGUUCAAGCUACAAGGAUAAACAACCGAGGCCCACCCCGAAUCUCCGACCUUCCACCCCUCCCCCCGGAUUUCGACACUCCGGGAAUGAAUCCACCCCCACCUCCUCCCCUAGACCACCCAUACCCCUUCGAAACCCCGCCACCAGAGCGUCCCUCAAUAAACCAACUCCCUCCCGCUCCAGAUCGUCUUCCUACUCGUCCCCCCCUCAUACGUCCUUGGAAUCGUCCCAACGUUCCCCCGAAUCGUCGCCCCAUACCCCCCUACAAACCCCUCCCCCCUCAGGAUCCAAACUUUUUCUUCGAUAAAGACGACAAGACCCAGAAUUCCGACAACUCUCACCGUAACGAUCUAACGACUCAAUCAAUCCACGAAAAUCCGACUGAAGCCCUUGAAGAUCUGACGGAGAAACCCCAGAGGUUCCAGCCUCCAUUGAAACCUGAAAAGAUCGAUCCUGCAAGUACUCUAGUGCUCGGAGCAGAUUUACAACCGAUUCCCAUUCCCUCGCAAUCAGAAACGAAUGUGAACUCGGUCAUUCCGGUGGAAACGACGAAGAAAAGGAUCAAAGAUUCUUCCAGCUUCGCCACCACCGCCUCAACCAUUUCAACCCUUAAGAUUGAGACGAGUUCCUCCAUUCAAGUUAUCGAGCCAACAAGAACGACCAUAGAGAUUCAGCCAACGAUAGUUCCCCUGGAAAAGAACUCCGAAGGUUCAAGCACCACUCGGUCAACCCUAGAACCCAGUAAGACCAUUCAAGGGAGCCCCAUGAGCACUACGAUCAAUGAAGCCCAUCGACCAACCCCGACGAAGGGCUUAUCAGUACAUUCAGUGGCGAUGAUAUCUUCCAGCAAUGUCGAAGCUUCUCAGACUGCUUUCAAUCGUCCCACAGGUAUGCCCGGUUAUUACAAGCCAUCGAUGAACGUCAACACUCAUGCCUAUCACCCUAGACCUGGGAUAGUCCUCGAUGAUACGCUGGAUUAUACAAAGAAACAGGUUUUCGCGACACAGCGGCCUCAUGCACCGUCAAGACAUCAUCAAAUUGGAGAUAUUUUUGAUGUGACGGUAUCAGCGAUCCAGGGACCUGGGGGUGGCUCGGGAGAGGGAGUGAGGGUGCCAGUUAACCCUCAUGGAGGAGGAGGCGAAGAUGUUAUCCUGACGUCAGCAGUUGAAGGUCAAGGAUUCGUCAGUAUCGACGGAAAGCGCACUCAUCUGAACCUCUUCGACAACACCCCAGAAACAAUAUCCCCCACAAAAGCUGUCUUUCCUCCAGUCAGGACCCAACCGCCGGUAUUCGGCACUGGUUACGCAGUAGCACAGCCGGAUAUUUCCGUCCCUGGACACGGCUACGGUACCACUGGUCGUCCCAUCUUCAGAAAGACCACCACGGAUAUCGUGAGAAUCGACACCUGCAUAGUCGGUGAUUCCAGUACUUGUGAUGCCAGCCAACACGAGGCCUGCGCCACGGUUCAAGGGGUAUCUGCCUGUCAAUGCAAACCAGGCUUUGCCCGAUUAGUCAGGACCCUUCCGUGCAAAAGAGUCAUUAGCAUUGUUGUCUCCAUCAGAAUCGACAGAAUCUACGACAAAGACGUUGUUUGGAGUAAUAACUUACUGGACAAGAACUCUGAAGCCUAUCAAGAGAUUGCUUAUGAGUCUAAUGUCGCUAUUGAGUCUGCAAUGUCGAUGACACCAUUCACGGACGAGUAUAUGGGCUCAUCCAUAAAUGGCAUUUAUCAGGGAGAUGUCUCUCAAGGGCAAGGAGGAGUGUUUGUUAAUGCCACUGUAAAAUUGACAUUGGAAACUAGAACUGCGAGGCCUUCACUCGCUGGAGAACUGCAGAAACAGCUUUUGGGGGUCAUUCACAGACGAAAUAAUAAUAUUGGAAAGAGUGCGGUAUUCGUGAAGACCCCGGCCGGAUCCAUUUCCAAUCUUCAGGACCUCGACGAAUGUGCCUCGAGUGAGCUCAAUGAUUGUCACUCUUCAGCCGUUUGUAGUAAUGUUUGGGGAGGAUUCGUUUGCGCGUGCAAACCGGGACUGAAGGACCCACAUUCGGAGGAUUCAGAGAAGGCCGGAAGGGUGUGUCGUUCGUGUCCUGCCUCGCAUUGCAAUAACCGAGGAUCAUGCUCGUAUCAGGGAAAUGUGGAACAUUGCACAUGUGCUGGAAAUUACUAUGGAGUAAAAUGUGACAUUGAUGGAGAACUUGUUGCCGUAGCAAUUGGCGCAUCCGUUGCAGCUCUGAUAAUAAUAAUUCUUACCCUCGUGUGCCUCGUUAUGUGGAGUCGAAGAUGGUCGCGGGAACAAAAGGCAAUGGGCUCACCGGUUUAUGGAUAUAUGCAAGGAGGUAUGCCAGGAACUAUGCCAAAUACUCUAGCUCGUGUUGGUUCGAUGGGCACUUUAGCUUCAGUUAAACAAGGGCCACCCUCAAAUAUGCCACCUUACAUGUGGGGACAUUUAGCUGAUCAUAUGGCGACGGCUAAUUUAUACGCAGGUGAACCAAUGGGGCCUACACGACCAAGUUCAGCCGUCUUCGGUUACCCCACAAUGAGCGUACACGGUACCCUCCCCCCAGUGCCUCUUCCAAGACUCCAGGCACCUCCUAGAACUCGACAGAGGCAUCUCCCAGAGCCAGACAGCUCGGACUCUGAGCUUCAGGACAAGGACAGGGCUGACCUCAUCCCCCAAAGCAGUGGUUUCCACGUCCCUAGACCAAAGUCAAGGACCUCUCUGGCGAAUCAGAGCGGAAUUUAUUACGACGUGGAAUACGACCAGGGCGACGCUCACCAUCUAUCUAAAAAUAAUAUACCCAUGUCCACUUACAGUAUGGCAAGACCGUAUUAUAGAACGUGAGACGGAAGAAGUGAAUCAUAGUCGGUACCAGAUAUCACACAGUUCAAUGUGAAAGAAUUGAUUUUAGUACGACGAUUGAACUGUAUGUUAUUUCAACAUUUGCAGAAGAAUUCCCACAUCGGUUUUGAAAACAUGAAUAGGAAUUAUUGCAGGAGGAGUAAAGUAUUAAAAUAUUUUUUUCGAACCCGUCAUUUCCCUACAUAAUGAGGACAUGAUCAAUCCAAAGCCAAUUAAUUGAAUCUUUGGUAAAACAAUUUCAUUAGUUCAAUUGUCGCACGAUAAACAAAUAUGUCUUGUUCUGUGUCAUUGGUACCCAUUUAACUAGCUCAAUAAUAAUAUUAAAAAUUUCAAAAAGACUAUGUAUUAUGGUUAAUAUUAUGUAUACCCCUUAAUUAUAUAAAUUAUAGAAAUUAAGGAAGAAUGAAUGUGAUUGAGUUUUAAAUAAUCAAUAAAUUUUAUGACUCAUUGUUCCUAACUGAACGAUUGAUCAGUUACUUCGCUGAUUCACGGAAUGAAAAUGAUUAAUUUGUAAUUACGAUUAGAAAACAUAAACGUCUCUAUAAGAAAAUGUUUUUUUACCUCGGCAUUUAGCCGCGUUGAAAUUAAUGUAUAAAGUGGAGGGAGAAUCGAAUGAAAUGACGAUAAUCAAUUUACAUACUUGAUAGUUAGUUUUUCUGUUCAAUAAUUAUUACAUAAUUUUUCACCAUAAGUUGAAGACAAUAAACAUCUCAAGAAUCAACGCAAAUGUUUACACAUCUGUACCACAUUGUUACAGUUAAUUUAGUUAUUCAAUUUUUUCCAUGGUUGUCUCACUCGUUUAAUCUGGCAUCAGCUUUUGCAGAGAGCAACAUGGAUUUUUAAUGAAAAAGGUUACAUCGUCGAAAAUCGACAAAUAUAAAAUUUAUCCACUAAUGCUAUUCUUGUUAUCAUGUUCAUCAUCCAAUUUUUGUCUUCUAGAAUCUGAAAACUGACAGAAUUCAGAUUAAUCGGAAAUUAAAGAUUUAUUAAUUGUAGGGAAUUCUCUUUAUAUCUUCAAUACUUCAGACAGAUGAGCAUGCUUAAGUAUAAGAAAAAUUCUAAUACUUGUUUUGUUAUUCAAUGAUCGAAAAUUGGCAAAUUCCGAUGUAGAACAACGAAUUUACAUUUAUAAUUUUAUUAAAGCGAAAGGAAUUCCAUUGCUGUUGUACCCGAGUGGUAAAACUAUUCAGAUUAGACCCAAAACUUAGCUACUAACGUUGUUAUCCAACAGAAUGAGUGAAAUUGAGGUAAAAUAUGAAAGAAAAACAUUUUUUCUGAAGAUAUUUAUACAAUUUCCUCGUUAUGGACAGAUUGAAAGUCGAAAUGGAUCAUUUCAGUUCGAAUUAUUCGAGGGCCCAAGAUCAUUCAUUCUCACGGAUAGGUCCAUAAUGAGUUUGGCAACGUUAAUAAGUUUACCACAUAAAAUUUUUAUUUUCGUUUUUAUCCAUUCAACAUUUUUAUCAGGACGUUUUUCUCCAUAGCCCGACUGAAAAAUAAUA